UGUGCCCUACGUAGCUCUCUACGGCAGUACUCCUUCCACUCGCUGAAAGAGCUGUGCUCCCUGAGAGAUGUCCCUGACCUGAGAAAUGACCUGGCUUUCCUUUUACACAUGUUAGACCAGUACGAUCCUCUGCUGGCCCAGCGUCUGUCCGUUUUCUUGUCGCCUGUCAGUGAGAGCAGGCUGAUGGAGGAAAGCUUGGAGAGGCGCUGGGGGGAGGAGAAGUUGCAUGCCAUGACUAGCGUGGAUGCAGAGGGCUGCUCCAGACUGCAGCUGGUGGCCCUGCCUCGCCUCCCUCCUGCCCUCUUCAACCUCAGCCAGCUUCAGGUCCUCAAACUGGAGCUCAUCACAGAUGCCAGGUUUACUGCACAGGUGUCCAACAUGAUGUCGCUCAGGGAGCUCCACCUCUAUCACUGCACAGCAGCGGUGGAUCCCAGCGCACUUGCUGUCCUCCAAGAACGCCUCGAGGCCCUCCACCUCACCUUUACUCAACCGUCAGAGAUCCCCAGCUGGGCCCUCUCCCUCCGCAGCCUGCAUGAGCUCCACCUCUCUGGCCGCCUGAGUAAUGACGGUGGGGUGGGUCGCAGCUGGGCACUGGGGAGCCUCCGCCAACUACGUCACCUCCGUGUGCUGGUGAUUCGGGGCAUGUUACAGCGGAUCCCUGGGGAGCUGUGUGAGGUGGCAGGCAGCUUGGUGAGGCUGGAGAUCUUCAACGAGGGCACCAGACUGCUUGUGCUGACAGGCUUGAAGCGGAUGGUGGACCUGACUGAGCUGCUGCUGCAGGACUGCCAGCUAGAGCGUCUGCCCUCUGCCCUGCUGGCUCUCACCAACCUGCGGACACUCGACCUGCAGCAUAAUAACCUGAGAACUCUAGAGGAGCUGCUGAGCCUGGCUCCUCUGCGACGUCUGUCUUGCCUCCGUCUUGCCUACAACCGUGUUCUGGCACUGCCGGCCAGUGUUGGUGUGCUGCGAGGCCUGGAGCUCCUGGAUCUAUCCAACAACCAGCUCCAGAGCCUUCCCCCAGCACUCUUCACUCUUCGCCGUCUUCGUAGGCUCCUGCUGGCUGGUAACCUGCUGGAUGUGCUGCCUGUGGAGGUGAAGGCACUGCAGCUGCUCACAGAGCUGGACCUCAGUGGGAACAGAGUAGAGAGCCUUCCCCCUCAGCUCUUCAGCAGCUGUUUGGAGCUGCGCAUCCUUAACGUGUCACACAACUCUCUGAGCUCAUUACCCAGGGGCGUUGCAGCUUCGAGUCAGCUGUGUAGGUUGGACCUGCGCAGCAACAGUCUGGAGGAACUACCUGCUGAACUGGGCUGCUGCUCCAGCCUGCAUGGAGGUGGUCUUCAGGUGGAAGACUGGCUGUUUCUUACUUUGCCUUCCCAUGUCAGGGACCUCCUGAGCCGUUCUUGCCCCCCUUCUGGUACAUACUCAGAGAGUCAUUCCCGGCCAGAGUCCGACAGUUUCCCAUACUUCUCUCCCACACAGUGGAGCUUCUCCUCUGCUCUGGAAUCACAGAUAUAAGACUCACUAUCUUACUGCUAACACUGAUAACAUUCUGUUAGUGAAGACCUUUUGUAUACUGAUAUGUAACAGGAUUUGUGUUGGCGUACUUUGGGCAAAAUGCUCAUUAGUUGUUUUUUAAGAAUGUUGUUUUUCCAUUGGUUCUUUUCAUGGUUUAACAGCCAUGACUGUCUCAUUUACAUUUUAGCCCAAAGAGUACACAUCCUGCACAUUUUUAUGCCACUAAUAAUUAAACUAAUGAAGUGCCAAUCAGUGGCUUGCGGGAAGAUUCAUGUGUUAUUCCACUGAAUGUGUAUGAGCGUGCAUUUGUUGUCUUUACCUAU